CAGUUGUCAAGGUGGCUUCCGCGACCCAAUCCAAGUCCCGUGCGCAUUCCCGGCUGGCGUCUUUGGGCCGUAUCGGCUCGCGUGGCAGCAUUCACAGCAGUGCUCUGCCGCAACCUGCUGGAGUAACCACCACUGAACCUCUGCCACUUCGGGGCGAGACAUUGCCGGUUAAGGCAGCCGUCGCCGUCUCGCCUGCGAAUGUGAGAUCACACAGGCGCCCGGACCCGUCAACAGUAUCAAACUCUUCUUCCGAUUCUACGUUAUCUGACGAACCGCUUGAGGAAGCUGACUUUGACGACGCGCGGCCAUUAAGACCCGUUACUUGCGCGAGCUCGGACGACUGGGUUUCCGGCGACAACGACCCUGCUGCAAUCCGUUCUUACACCAAAGCUGUUCCGCUUAGACCUCGUAUGAUGCAUCAGACAUCGUCGCGGCUGCUCCGCAUGACCCCGGGCGAUGACCGGCCGUUCACGAGAGACUUCAAGGACCUGUUUGCAACAUUAGUCGUUAGCCUACCGCUGAUACCUCAUCGUGUACGCUUCUCGCGGGUGGAGCACACCUUCACCAGUGAAGAGGCAAUCACAAACCUCGGCUCUUUGAAGUUCUCGCAAUCGAAUCGGAUGCCAGACCCGAAGGACCCAACACGGAUCGUCACAACCACGACCACGACAACCUUCUCCAUGGCGAAGGAAAUGGCCAAGUCAGUAUGCAUGCGUUUCCUUGAGGCAAGAUUCAUCGAGUCAGUGGAUGGCAAGACGGACUUCAACUCAAGAACAUCAGUAUGGCAGUUGACGCCGAAGGGUAUGCACGUGCUCGGGCGCUUUUGCCAGCGAAAUGGUAUCUCCCAACGUCAUGUUAACGAACUCUUGGACUCGCCACGGAACAUAAUGUCCCUUGUCAUAUUAGAGCGAGAUCCCGAUACUGAUAAGUUGGUCGAGGACGCUCCGACGGUGCAAGUCGUAUUCCGUCGUUUCGCGGGCGACACAGGACCCAAUCUUAAGAUGAGUGGCUCCCAGUCAGACUCUGACUCCAUGAACGACUAUGCGACUGGACUUGUUGGCGUCAAGAUGCAGCGUUCUAGGAGGACUGACAAGGAUGUGCCUUACUGCUUUACUGGCAAAGCGGCGUAUGACUGGCUAAUGGAUUGCUGCACGGUCGUUGACAAGCGCGAGACGUUCGAACUUGCCAAUCUUUUCAUGUCUCACGGACUGAUCACUCCUCUGGGAGAUGACAGGGGUCAGCAGCUGCCAUCAGUAAGAUUCGCCGCCUCGAAGCAUGUCUUGUAUGCGAUUACACCCAAGGGCAUGCGCGUCGCAGGCUGGGUCACGAGUCCAAACGGGCCUGUCAAUGGCAACGCGACGGUGCAGCACGCCGCAUCCAAUGGCGUAGUGCGCGACUCGAACACCAACAGGAUGACAGUCAUAGUUCGCGACCCAGCCCUCAGACUACUCUUCCGCGAGUAUUUGCGUGAGACGCACUGCGAAGAGAACCUCUCAUUCUACGUCGAAGUCAAGGCUUUCCUUAGCGAGUACGACAGGACAAAGCGUGACGCGGCGCCUCCGCGGCUAGACGUUGUUCGCGAAACGCUCGCAUCAGCGUAUAGUCUGUACAAUGCCUUCUUAGCACCGGGUAGCCCCUGCGAGCUGAACAUUGACCACAACCUGCGAAAUGCCUUGGCAAGUCGGAUGACGCGCGCGGUCGGCGAGGAUGAGCAGAUGCUGCGGAGUCUGGACGAGGUGGCGGUGUUGUUCGAUCAGGCGCAGAACAGCGUGUUCAAGCUGAUGGCAAGCGAUUCGGUGCCAAAGUUUUCGCGGGAACCGAAGUACGCUAAUAUGCUGAGGGAGCGUAACCUCGACCAGAUGCUCACCAACUUCGCUGCCACGACGAUCUGAGCACGCAUGGCAUCCACUUCCCGUACAUGCCAGCGCCUAAGCGCUCCUGGAGAGCUGCCGCCAGUGUCGGCUGAAGGCGAGACUCCAAGACUCGAUCGCCACCACGCUUCGGUCAGACCGAGCGUGUAG